AUUAUUGUGAGACGUUGAACAUUUGUUAAUUUAUUUACUGGAAAUUUGCUGCUUGUGUGCAGAAUGUGGAGACGGCUGCUCGGCUCAUUUCUUGUGCCACAUUGCAUUCGACUAGAAAUGCAGUUGCAUACAACUAGCAACCAUUUCUAUGUCUUGAAAAAACUUGCACUUGAAUCGAAACAUAACAUGGCUCAAAUAAUCAAUGGCAAGCAGAUGGCCACCGAUAUACAGGAUGAUCUGCGCAAGGAGGUGCAACAAUUUGUCGCCGCUGGCAAUCGUGCCCCCCACCUGACGGCCAUCCUUGUCGGCGAGGAUCCGGCCAGCGAGAGAUAUGUGAAGAACAAAGUGAUUGCUUGCAAGGAUGUGGGCUUGAGUAGCGAGACAAUUGUGUUGCCCGCUGCCACCACACAGGAGGAGCUGCUGCAGCUGAUCGAGGAGAAGAACAGCGAUGACAAUGUGAACGGUGUCCUGGUUCAGUUGCCGGUGCCGGAACACAUCGAUGAGCGCACCAUAUGCAAUGCCAUCUCUGUCGAUAAGGAUGUCGAUGGCUUCAAUGAGCUGAACAUUGGCCGUCUGGCCCUCGACAUGACGGGCAUUGUGCCGGCUACGCCGCUCGGCAUCAAAACGAUGCUGGAGCGCAGCAAUAUAUCCACAUUUGGACGCAAUGCUGUCGUCGUCGGUCGCUCCAAGAAUGUCAGUUUGCCGCUUGCCAUUCUCUUGAGCUCGGAUGGUAGGAAUGCGACCAAAGCGCUGGACGCCACCGUCACCAUCUGUCAUCGCUUUACACCGCCCAAGGAGCUGGCUAAAUAUUGCCGCCUCGCUGACAUAAUUGUUGUUGCCGUUGGCAAGCCGGGUCUAAUUACCAAGGAUAUGGUCAAGCCAGGCGCCUGUGUCAUCGAUGUGGGCAUCACCAAAGUUAUGGACGAGGCGGGCCAGGUCAAGCUGGUCGGUGACGUCGAUUUCGAUGAAGUCCGCCAGGUUGCUGGACAUAUUACGCCAGUGCCAGGUGGCGUUGGUCCCAUGACCGUUGCCAUGCUGAUGCACAACACUAUCCAAGCCGCUAAGAUGCAGGCCAGAUGCGCCAAGCGCAAUCAUUAAAUCAACAUGCCGCGGCUUGCAUUCUUAAACGAAUUUUUUACCGAAUUUGAUAUCAGCUGCCUGGGAGCGGCUUGGGCCAUAGUAUUUUUUUAUUUAAAACAACUAAUAAUUAGUAAAAAAAAUAGCGUUAACAAUAAGCCACUAAACAUAACAACCACAUAUAUCCAUAUACAUAUAUGUAUGUAUAUAAGCAACGAUAGACUACAUUCCCACGUAAUCAGAUCGAAUAGUGCCAACCAACUUUUCAUUCGGUUUGGCCACUUUUCUCAAGGAGUUCACCAGAGUUGCCAGCAUACUCAAAAAUUAACAAGUGAUUAAUAAAGUAAAAUAAUAAAACAAUUUAA